UCGAGGCUAUCCUUCCUGAAAGGGAAUCGGGAUAAAAUGUUUGAGGUGGACACACAAGUUAAAGUUUGGCGAGUCGGAGGGAAAGGGUUAAAUCCAGAGAGAAGAUGAGCGACACAGAGGCAUCUGAGCAACCUCAGCCCGAGAGAAAAGUUAUCGCGACAGGUGUGCAGGGAACUGUGAAAUGGUUCAAUGUGCGCAAUGGAUAUGGCUUCAUCAAUAGAAAUGAUACUAAAGAAGAUGUAUUUGUUCAUCAGACUGCAAUAAAAAAGAAUAACCCAAGAAAGUUCCUCAGAAGUGUGGGGGACGGUGAGGUUUUGGAGUUUGAUGUUGUCGAAGCAGCUAAAGGCUCAGAGGCAGCAAAUGUGACUGGUCCAGGGGGUAUACCUGUCAAAGGCAGUCGAUACGCCCCCAAUAAACGAAGAUUCCAUAGGCGCUUUUACCCCCAUAAUGCACAACCUGCUGAAGGAGAGGAGAAAUCUGGGGGGGCUCCAGCAGGGCCCAUAUCUGAGGGAGAGGGCAGUGAAGAGAAAGGAGCCCCUCGGCCACAUCCUCGGCGCCAGCGCCCACGCAGAAGACCUUUUCAGCCACAAGGCGAGGGAGAAGCUGGAGAGAAGAACGAGGAAGUAGAUGGUGCCCAGCAGAGGCCGCCACCACGCAGGCCAUUACAUCCUCACCCACUCCCUGGAGAGGCUCAACAGACAGUAGUCCCUGCAGAAGAGCAAGAGUCCCCCCCUAAAGAGAGCCAGACCAAUAGGGAGCAGACUGAGGGGCAGCCCCGGAAACCCCGCAGACAGUUCAGUCGGCGCAGACAGAAGAAAUCUGAAUCUGGUGCCUCUAAAGAUAGAGAUGAUGAUGGGCUGCUGGUACAGAGGAGAGCAAAAGAGCUCAGCAAUGGAUGCUUUUCUCUCCAUGUCCAUCUUCCUUUUUUUGGAUUUAUGGUCUGA